AAAUUCAGAAAAUGGUGGAUGGAGCUCGGCGCAUGCGUAAACAUCUUACUACACUCAAGACGGAAAGUGAGACAGUAACGAGUGGCGCAUUGUUAAAUGAGUAACGGCUGUAACUCUCGGAUUUCGCUGUGUGAUUUGACUUUAACUGCUCCAAGUCGAGAUGUUUGGCUUUCAUAAGCCGAAGAUGUACCGCAGCCUUGAUGGAUGCUGCAUCUGCAGGGCAAAAUCCUCCAGCUCUCGUUUCACUGACAGCAAACGCUAUGAGAGAGACUUUCAGAGCUGCUUUGGGUUAGGUGAGACUCGAUCUGGUGAAAUCUGCAAUGCUUGUGUUCUUCUGGUGAAACGCUGGAAGAAGCUUCCUGUGGGCUCCAAGAAGAACUGGAAUCAUGUGGUUGAUGCCCGAGGGGGACCCAGUCUGAAAACUACAGUGAAGUCCAAGAAAGUCAAAUCUCUGUCCAGACGGAUCCGACCGAACCAGCUCAGCAGAAUUCAGAAAGAACUGAAGAGACACAAUUCAGAUGCUCACAGCACCACCUCCAGUGCUAGCCCCGCCCAGUCACCCAGCUACAGUAACCAAUCAGACGAAGGCUCUGACUCGGAGUUGACUCCUGGCUCAGCCCGCUCUCCAGUCUUUUCCUUCUUGGACCUGACAUACUGGAAAAGGCAGCGGGUAUGUUGUGGCAUCAUCUACAAAGGUCGCUUUGGGGAGGUUUUGAUCGACCCUCAUCUCUACAAGCCCUGCUGUCAGAAAAAACAGGAGCAAGAGCAGGAGGAAGAAGAAGAAGAGGAGGAGGAGGAAGAAGAAGAUGGCGACCUUGAGAAAGAGGAGGUGCAGAGCAGUCAAGAAAUUCUUCAACCUCACUCCUCUCCCCAAAUGAAAGUGGAGCCGGAAGUGGAAGAGGAUUGGUGAUGCCACAUUCCCAGGGUAUUGACUUGGCAUUCUUAGGAAGCCUUCGAGAGUCGAAGCCCCUCAGACACUCUCAAAGACGCUCUCUCAGAUUGCCUUCGAUUCAAGAGCAGCUGGAUCCUUGUUCGUCUUUUCCUGUUUCUUUCUUCCUUGUUGAGAAUCUGUCUCUUUCAUUUCCUUCGCAGUCAAAUCUACUUUUAUGUGUCACACUGUUCCAGAGCCUGGUACCACACUAGUCCAUUUCCUAAGAGGAUUUUUUUUGUAGACCAGAGAAAAUGAGUUUCCCUUUCUGUUAUGCCGCUCAAACACAGAAUGCUGGAUCUACAUACAUCAUGCAUAGAAAUGUAGGAAAUGAACAGUGACCACAAUCCUUUUGUGCCCUUUGAGCACCAUUGUGCACUUCCUCUUUUUGCACUUAGUGUACAGUAUUUAGUAUACAGCAAGCAGCAUCUGCUAAGUUCUAGCUCAGAGAAGACAACAUUCCACCUUUUUGCUGGGAUAUAGCAAUUAUUUAGCAAAUAUCUUUUGCCUUUUAUAUAUUUAUUUUUUCUGUCUUCGUCUUUAUUCUUAAGGUCUGCUCUGAUUUUUCCUCUCGGUUUGUAUUUAAAGGGACAGGUCACCUAUUUAAAAAAAAAAGUCUUAAUGUCAUUAAUCUGUCAUUCAACCCUCAUAUUGUUACGAACAUCUUUUAAUUCUUUUUUUUUUUUUUUUUUUUUUUACACAAAAAGUGAGUUUUUGAAGAGCAUCUAGCAACUAGCAAGCUCCAAAAUGACAAAAGCACCCUAAAAGUAUCUUUUAAUUUAAUUUAAUUAAUUUUUAAGUUUUUUAUAGCCAUAUGAUGGCCAUAAACCAAAGUUUAUGUCAUAUGGACUACUUUUUAUGGAGCUUUUUGGAACUUGACUGCAUCAGUUCCCUUUCAUUUUACAAUAGAGAAAAGAUGCAGGAUGUUCUUGACAAAUUAGCUUUUUGGUGUUUAAUGUAAGAAAAAUAAAAUGACUGAUUUUUCAUGUUAAGGUGAACUGUCACUGAUUUAAGCCCAGGUUGUCUGUAUUCAGCCUCUAAUAGGCAACAAACUCAACUCGACUCAUAGUGUUUUAAUGCAAAUGUUUCCCCAGAAAGCAUUUAAAAAAGAAUGCCUGGCUAUCAACACUCUUAUUCAGUGUAUAUCCAAAAGGGUAUAUUUGACUUAAGGUUUUUGGAAAAGAGCAUGAACGCUAAGGAAACUAUUGUCUAGAUGAAAUCCGCAUGAAUUUUGCAUGGUCUUUUAAGAAGAUUUGUAUUUCUUUGUAUUUCGUUUGGCAACCAUGUUGCAGCAUAAUUUAAGAAUAAUUUGGGUGCAUUUUGAGGCAGUCCCAAUAUAUUUUUGUAGAUAAAUGCAAGAAAAACAAAAAUCAGACUUUGACUACAACAUGACACCUUAAGAUGUCAUCGUUUAAUUAUUACAGGGAUUUCAUUGUAUUCUGCUAUUAUUUAUUUUUUAUUUUAAUUGGAUAUUUUCAUUUUGUCUCAUUCGAAGCCAAAAAGUCCAAGAUUUUUGUUAUUUAUUCAGCAAUCUUAUAUUCAUGUUAAUAGAUAGACAGAUACUACUUUUUUGUGUCAUGAAAGAAUUAGGCACAUGGUCUGAUCGUUUUGGUUUGAUAUGUUUUUUUCUUUUGGCGUUUUUUCUCCAGGGAAUAUGCUGAAAGGCUAAACCAAUGCCAGCUUGGACAUUUUCAUAAUAAAUCAUCGUCUGUAAUAAGCUUUCAUAUAUCAGGAGUAUUCAUACUAUAUAUCCCGAUGUUUCCCUUUUGUUCCAAUAUGUCUGUCCUGUCUAUUUCUUCAUUAUUUUAUUGUUUAUGAUAGCCUUGGCUGUCUUGGAUUGUACAAAUUACAUUGACGCACACAUACUUCUGUUUAAUUCCAGGGGGUGGCGCUAGAGAGCUCAUUUGUUUCACAUAAAAUACUCCAUUGCACAUUAAUUUUAAUUCUCUUCCCGGACAUUUUACGUAAUAUGUGCUCGGUUUUGAAAUAUUCUGUUGGUGGCAGCUUUAGUGUGAAUAUGCCAUAUCGCAGCAUGACAUGAUGAACAAUGACUGUAUUUGUGGUAAGAUCCGUUCAGGGGAAGCAUCCUGUCGUGUCAUCUCUAUGACGGCGUUAUUUGUAAAUAUAAGAUGUUUAAGACUGAACAAUAGUUAUUAUGAAUACUCUUUUGCCUUAUUUAUUUCAUAUUUAUUUGUCUUGUGAUCUUUUCUUUUUAAGUCUCAUCCGACUUUGUCAUAGGCCUGACCUGUCCUAACAACACUGCAAUAUGGACUGAAAAUGCUUUUACAUCUCACCGAUUGUCGGCCGAGACUCACUAAACGUUAUGGAGCUCUUCAGGACUAGACCGCUGUAAAAACAGACUUUUUUGGUGUAUGCUAAGUACAACUAUUUGAUUAUUUUUAUACUUUUUUUCGAGGGUUUCUAAUGCCCACAUUCCUUUCCUUAGAUAAAGUUGUAGUGCUACAGGCAUGUAUGGUAGCUAUGCACUUUGUAUUCCCAAUACUAGAGAUAUAUGAAGCAGGUUUUGUAUUUUUUUACAUAUUGUACAUUUACUUGUUCCUCAAUAAAUGUAACUUGUGAUGGUUA